AUGGCUGCAAACGGGUUCAAAUCCCCUGCACCCGUCUUACCUGGAUUAGGUUUACAUAGCUUUCAUAAUGAUUCACCCCCAUUCGCAGGUGCAGCCACUUCCGAACAUGGUGACCCGGAAUACCUCUCUUUAGAAUCCAGUCAGACAUUACUUUUAUCCUCUCCUCAUGAUGAUUCGCAACUACUACCUGAACGACACCAACAUGAAGAUCAUCAUCGCAAUCCGCAAAACAAUCUCACUCGUCUACCAUCUUCUUCAUCUAUAAAUACAAUCCAACCCCAACCCAAAUCAAAUACAAGAAUUAACGCCCCAGUCCCACAGAGGAUACCUAUUCCUUCCAACAACUCUAAUCCUGUAGAUGAUGAUCUAUCUUUAUCUUCAAGUAGAUCUAGGAGGUUAUUGUCAGGCUACCUAUUUGGUAAUCCACCUUCACCAAUGGAAAACAAAAAUUUAGCAGAAGAAGUAGAUGCAGUCGCUGUAGCAGGUGGAAUAGGUCGAAGACCAAGUUUAGAUUCAGAAGAAGAAGGUAGAUAUCCAUUACCUACUCCACCGAUAAAGGACGAUAGGGAUUCACCACCUCUAUCAGAAGCUUUCAAAUCCUAUUCUUCACCUAACCCUUCCCAAACCAACAAUCGUACCCUCUCUGCACAAAGCUCCAACUCGCAGAUAGAGAAAAGAACAGGAGAGAUUUCAUUGAAUGAUUCACCUGAAUACCGACCUGCAUCCUCGACAGAGGCUACAGCAAGUCACGAAGCGAACUCGGUAGGAGUAACGAACCAAACUGGAAUUAUCAAGUUGACCAAUAAUCCUGAGCAAAAUGAUACUCCGACACGGGGUCAAGGCACAAGGUCAAAGUCGAAAGAACCUGGACAAGGACAAGGAGGAUACGAUCCGUUAGAUGGAUUGAAUGAUGGCGAAGCUGAUUUGGACCUGAGUGCACCUCAGGCUACGGAUGGUGGAUCAGGGGCGUAUUUGAGAGGUGAAGUGGAAUAUAGUUUCCCUAGACAUAGAUUGAGGAAGACCAUGAAAGAUGAAAGUAAGAUUCCUCUUGUCAUAGUCGCCUGUGGUUCAUUUUCUCCUCCUACUUACCUUCACUUGAGAAUGUUCGAAAUGGCCAAAGAUGAGAUUAUAGAAUCGCAGACGUAUGAAAUCAUGGCAGGGUAUUAUUCGCCUGUAUCAUCUUACUACAAGAAAUCAGGUCUCGCACCGGCCAAUCACCGAGUGAGGAUGUGCGAGCUAGCCGUCGAACAUACAUCGACAUGGUUGAUGGUGGAUCCUUGGGAAGCUGGUCAGCCGGAAUAUCAACGAACGGCUAUAGUUUUGGACCACUUUGAUGAGAUGCUCAACGGAGGAAAGAACGGCGAGGGGGGAGUGAUCAUGAAUGAUGGGAAGAAAAGGAGAUAUAAAAUUAUGUUGUUGGCUGGAGGAGAUCUGAUUGAGAGUUUUGGUGAACCGGGAGUAUGGAGUGAACCUGAUUUACAUAUUAUCUUGGGUCGAUUCGGAUGUCUGAUUGUCGAAAGAGCCGGAUCGGACGUAUGGGCAUUCUUGCUCUCUCAUGAUAUACUGUAUCAUCACAGACGUAAUGUCAUUGUGAUCAAACAGUUAAUCUAUAACGAUAUAUCUUCGACUAAAGUCAGGCUGUUCGUCAGGAGAGGAAUGAGUAUAAAGUACUUGUUACCGAAUAGCGUCAUACAGUAUAUAUACGAUAACAAGCUUUAUAGAUUUACCGAUGUCAAAGCUACCAUCGGGUAG